ACGUUUCGUGAAAUUACAACAAAUUACCGAGAUGUUGAGAAUUGCAAUAUUAGUAGCAGUUUUGUUUGCUGCAAGAGUAAAUACAUUGGACGACAAUGAAAACGGAGAAGCUGCUCUUAAACGCUUACUAGUACAAAAGGAAGUUGGACAGUUUGAGGAAUCAGAUGGUUUUGAGUCCAACAUAGAGGAAAUCUCUUUAAACUUAGGAGAAGAAAAAAAUAUGGACCUUGGAAUGGACAUCAAAGGUAAUGAUAUCAACUCUUCCGGAAGUACAGAAAAAGAAAAUGACGAUGAUGAAAGAAAUGAUGAUGAUGAUGAUGAUGAUGAUGAUGAUGAUGAUGGUGAACAAGACAAGGGAUCUGAAGAUAACUCUGGAAAAGACUCUGAAAGUAGUGAAAGUCAAACAGAGGAGAGGAGUGAAAGUAUUGAAAAUGACUUUGGAAAUGAAGACGCUGUUGACGAUUCUUUAGAGAAUUCUUUGUCCCAACUGAAUGAUAUGAUAAUGAAAGCAAACCCAAAAUUAGCAGAGUCAACCAAACGAAGCUUUGAAGAUGAGGAUAUGAUUGAGGGAGACAUCAAACUAGAUAAAGAAUCAGCCGCAGAACUUGUCGAGUUUUACAAACGGAAUCCACAAUAUCUAAACCUCGACUCCAAUGUUACGGACAGAUCUUUGACAGAUGAUAUGGCGAAACGUAAGGUAGAAAGCUCAAGGAAAUGGACAAUGCCCAUCAAAUAUCGGAUCGAUAAUUCAACAAACAAGGCAGUUGUGAAAAAGGCAAUACGAAUUUGGCAGCAAGAAACGUGCUUAAGAUUUAGUGAAAGAAUAACAUUUUCCCCACCAGGAAUCACUUUUACCGGGAAAUAUAGAGGAUGCUGGGCUCAUGUAGGAAGAAUAAAGACAGGAAACACAAUCAACUUGGGAUACGGUUGUUGGAUGGUAGGAAUUGCUGCUCACGAAAUAGGGCAUGCUAUUGGUUUCUAUCAUGAGCAAAGUAGGCCUGAUAGAAAUAACUACGUAACAAUAAUGACGAAGAAUAUAAUAGAUGGAAAAGUACAUAAUUUCCUCAUCAAGCCCUCCGCAACAUAUGGAACAAAAUACGACUAUGGAUCGAUUAUGCACUACCGGGACACGGCCUUUGCCAAAACAAGAGGCUUGAAAACAAUUACUGCAAAGCAACCAAAUUUGGAGAGGACGAUGGGACAGAGGACCGCUUUGUCGUUUUACGACAUUAAAGCCGCCAACUACCACUACUGCCAGGGAAAAUGCUCUGGGGGAUUGACCUGGUCAAAGUGCAGAAACGACGGAUACAGAGAUCCCAAGAACUGUAAAAGAUGUAAAUGUCCAGAUGGUUGGAUCGGGAGGUAUUGCACCAUACUGAGCUUCUCCAGGCCAUCAUGUAGCUCUUGUGGGGCACGGUACAGAAGUGCGAUCUCGUCUUAUCGUUCCUUGCAAUCACCCGGGUACCCUCUCUGUAAAUAUACCAGGACAGCAGAAUGCACAUGGAAAAUUAAGGCACCGAUUGGAAAACGUGUCAAACUGUACUUUUCUGGGAGUUUCAAAAUUAGAUGCCAUUCACCAUGUUUAGAUUUUGUUGAAGUCCGCUACAAAAGUCUCUCUGCAACAGGACCAAGGUUCUGUUGUUACCAGAGACCAAAACGUACAUUUACCUCUACUGGACGAGAAAUGUUGAUUCUCUUCAGAACUUUCUCAGGAAGUAGCGCGAAAGGAUUUCGUGCUAGAUAUAAAUAUGUCUGAGCAAGGCAUGUGUAUUCGAAGACGACCAUUCGGUGUGUUAUAAAUGAAAUCAAGUACUGAAACUCUUUAAUGCAGAUCUGUAAUUAUCAUAGUUUUACAUGCAUUCCACUUAGUAGAUUCUUUUUUGUAUGAAUUUUAUAUAAAUAAAAGAAUGUGUCGUUUUUUG